GGAGAAGGCCGCCUGGAGUGGUGGGUGAGUUCGGGGCUUCGGUGCCGCUGGAAUUUCCCAUUGUCGCGCCCGCCGAGGCCCCCGGACCUGCGAGUGCCUCCUCCCUCCGGAGGUGUGCGGAGCCUUUGUGUGCCAGGUCCGAUCCGUACUGGGUGCAAUGAAAGCUCCACGCAGGCCUUACCAUGGAAGGCUGUGACUCGCCCGUCGUCUCGGGGAAGGACAAUGGGUGCGGUAUCCCUCAGCACCAGCAAUGGACUGAACUCAGCAGCACCCACCUCCCCGACAAACCCAGUAGCAUGGAGCAGCCCGCAAGCGAGAGCCACGGGCCCCUGGACGGCCUGAGGGCCCCCUUCAAUGAGCGCCUCGCGGAGAGCACCGCCCCGGCCGGGCCCGCCGCCGAGCCCGCCGCCGCCGCCGCCAAGGAGGUCAGCUGCAACGAGUGCUCGGCCUCCUUCGCCAGCCUGCAGAGCUACAUGGAGCACCACUGCCCCUGCGCCCGCCCGCCGCCGCCGCGGGAGGAGAGCGGCAGCGACAGCAGCGAGGAGGGGGACGAGGAGAGCGACGUGGAGAACCUGGCCGGGGAGAUCGUGUUCCAGCCCGACGGCUCGGCGUACAUCGUGGAGAGUCUGAGCCAGCUGACCCAGGCCGGGGGCGGCGGGCCCGGCCCGUCGCUCUUCCUGAGCUCCCUCCCCUCGGCCGCCCCCGCGGGGGGCAAGCAAGGGGACCCUUCCUGUGCGGCACCCGGCUACCCCCAGAUCAUCAACACUUUCCACAUAGCCUCAUCCUUCGGGAAGUGGUUUGAGGGCCCAGACCAGGCUUUCCCGAAUACCUCAGCCCUGGCGGGGCUCAGCCCCGUCCUGCACAGCUUCCGCGUAUUCGACGUGCGACACAAAAGCAACAAGGAUUACCUAAACAGCGACGGCUCUGCCAAAAGCUCCUGCGUAUCCAAAGAUGCCCCCAACAACGUGGACCUGUCCAAGUUCGACGGCUUCGUGCUCUACGGCAAGAGGAAGCCCAUCCUGAUGUGUUUCCUGUGCAAGCUCUCCUUCGGGUACGUCCGUUCCUUUGUGACCCACGCGGUGCACGACCACCGAAUGACCCUGAGUGAAGAGGAGCGGAAGAUUCUUAGCAAUAAGAACAUCUCCGCCAUCAUCCAAGGGAUCGGCAAAGACAAGGAACCCCUUGUAAGUUUUCUGGAACCAAAAAACAAAAACUUUCAACUCCCUUUAGUUUCCACCGCUAACCUCAUAGGCCCUGGACACAGUUUUUAUGGGAAAUUCAGUGGCAUUCGAAUGGAAGGGGAGGAGGCUCUCCCCGCUGGCCCCACCGCUGGCCCCGAGCAGCCCCAGGCGGGUCUCCUGACCCCCAGCACCCUCCUGAACCUUGGCGGGCUCACCAGCUCCGUCCUGAAGACCCCCAUUACCUCAGUCCCCCUGGGGCCUCUGGCCUCCAGUCCUACCAAAUCCUCAGAGGGCAAGGACUCCGGGGCAGCAGAAGGAGAGAAGCAAGAAGUGGGUGAUCCAGACUGUUUCUCGGAGAAGGCAGAGCCCGCGGAGGAGGAGGCAGAGGAGGAGGAAGAGGAAGAGGAGGCGGAGGAAGAGGAGGAGGAGGAGGAAGAAGAGGAGGAAGAAGAGGAGGAGGAGGGCUGCAAAGGACUCUUUCCAAGCGAGCUGGAUGACGAGCUGGAGGACAGGCCCCCCGAGGAGUCUGGGGCCUCGGCAGGUAGUAGCAGCAGAAAGGACCUUGCUCUCUCAAACCAAAGCAUUUCUAACUCCCCCUUAAUGCCUAAUGUGCUCCAGACCCUGUCGAGGGGCGCAGCUUCUACUAGUUCUAAUUCCGCUUCUUCCUUUGUUGUCUUUGAUGGUGCGAACAGGAGGAAUCGUUUAAGCUUUAACAGUGAGGGCGUCAGGGCCAACGUGGCAGAGGGCGGCAGGAGGCUGGACUUUGCUGAUGAAAGUGCCAAUAAAGACAAUGCCACAGCACCAGAACCAAAUGAAAGCACAGAGGGGGACGAGGGGGGCUUCGUCCCCCAUCACCAGCACGCUGGCUCCCUCUGCGAGCUCGGGGUGGGGGAGUGCCCCUCGGGGAGCGGCGUGGAGUGCCCCAAAUGCGACACGGUCCUGGGCUCCUCCCGCUCGCUGGGCGGCCACAUGACCAUGAUGCAUUCUCGCAACUCGUGCAAGACACUCAAGUGCCCCAAGUGCAACUGGCACUACAAGUACCAGCAGACGCUGGAGGCGCACAUGAAGGAGAAGCACCCGGAGCCGGGGGGCUCCUGCGUCUACUGCAAGAGCGGGCAGCCCCACCCCCGGCUGGCACGAGGCGAGAGCUACACGUGCGGUUACAAGCCUUUCCGCUGCGAGGUGUGUAACUACUCCACAACGACCAAAGGCAACCUCAGUAUCCAUAUGCAGUCCGACAAGCAUCUCAACAACAUGCAGAACCUACAGAAUGGCGGGGGGGAGCAGGUGUUCAGCCACACGGCUGGGGCGGCGGCGGCCGCAGCUGCAGCGGCCGCUGCCGCGGCCAACAUGGGCAGCUCCUGUGGGGCCCCCUCACCCACCAAACCAAAAACCAAGCCCACCUGGCGGUGCGAGGUGUGCGACUACGAGACCAACGUGGCCCGGAACCUGCGCAUCCACAUGACGAGCGAGAAGCACAUGCAUAAUAUGGUGCUGCUGCAGCAGGGCAUGACGCAGGUCCGGCACGGCCGCCACCUGGGCCUGGGCGGCCUGCCCGCCCCCGCCGAGGCCGAGCUCUACCAGUACUACCUGGCCCAGAGCGCCAGCCUGCCCGGCCUGAAGGUGGACGGCGCGGCCCCGGACGCCCCGUUCGUGAUGAGCGGCUUCCAGCUGGACCCCGCCGGGCCCGUGGCCGCCAUGACGCCUGCUCUAGUGGGCGGUGAAAUCCCCCUAGACAUGCGGCUUGGGGGCGGGCAGCUGGUGUCGGAGGAGCUGAUGAACCUGGGCGAGAGCUUCAUCCAGACCAACGACCCGUCGCUCAAGCUCUUCCAGUGCGCCGUCUGCAACAAGUUCACCACGGACACCCUGGACCUGCUGGGGCUGCACAUGAACGUGGAGCGCAGCCUCCCGGAGGAGGAGUGGAAGGCAGUGAUGGGGGACUCGUACCAGUGCAAGCUCUGCCGCUACAACACCCAGCUCAAGGCAAACUUCCAGCUGCACUGCAAGACGGACAAGCACGUCCAGAAGUACCAGCUGGUGGCCCACAUCAAGGAGGGCGGCAAGGCCAACGAGUGGCGGCUCAAGUGCGUGGCCAUCGGCAACCCCGUGCACCUCAAGUGCAACGCCUGUGACUACUACACCAACAGCUUGGAGAAGCUGCGGCUGCACACGGUCAACUCCAGGCAUGAGGCCAGCCUGAAGCUGUACAAGCACCUGCAGCAGCGCGAGAGCGGCGUGGAGGGCGAGAGCUGUUACUACCACUGCGUCCUGUGCAGCUACUCCACCAAGGCCAAGCUCAACCUUAUCCAGCACGUGCGCUCCAUGAAGCACCAGCGCAGCGAGAGCCUGCGCAAGCUGCAGCGGCUGCAGAAGGGCCUCCCCGAGGAGGAUGAGGACCUGGGGCAGAUCUUCACCAUCCGCAGGUGCCCCUCCACUGACCCCGAGGAAGCCAUUGAAGAUGUUGAAGGGCCCAGUGAAGCAGCUGCUGAUCCCGAGGAGCUCGCUAAAGACCAGGAGAGUGGAGGCGAGAAGGACCAGAGCAAGUGGACAGCAUCAUCAAGCCAAGCAGAGAAGGAGCUGACAGAUUCUCCCGCAACCUCCAAACGCAUCUCCUUCCCAGGUAGCUCAGAGUCCCCUCUUUCUUCAAAGCGACCAAAAACAUCAGAGGAAACCAAGCCGGAGCAGAUGUACCAGUGUCCCUACUGCAAGUACAGCAAUGCUGACGUCAACCGGCUGCGCGUGCACGCCAUGACGCAGCACUCGGUGCAGCCCAUGCUCCGCUGCCCUCUCUGUCAGGACAUGCUCAACAACAAGAUCCACCUCCAGCUGCACCUCACCCACCUACACAGCGUGGCGCCCGACUGUGUGGAGAAGCUCAUCAUGACGGUGACCACCCCUGAGAUGGUGAUGCCCAGCAGCAUGUUCCUCCCAGCGGCUGUUCCAGAUCGAGACGGGAGCUCCAGUGUGGAGGAGGCAGGAAAGCAACCUGAAACCUCAGAGGAUCUGGGAAAGAACAUCUUACCCUCUGCGAGCACAGAACACAGUGGAGAUUUGAAACCUUCUCCUGUGGACUCGGGCUCUGUGAGAGAAGACUCAGGCUUCCUGUGCUGGAAGAAGGGAUGCAACCAGGUUUUCAAAACUUCUGCCACCCUCCAGACACACUUCAACGAGGUUCACGCCAAGAGGCCUCAGCUGCCAGUGUCGGAUCGCCAUGUAUACAAGUACCGCUGCAACCAGUGCAGCCUGGCUUUCAAGACAGUGGAGAAGCUGCAGCUCCACUCUCAGUACCAUGUGAUCAGAGCUGCCACCAUGUGCUGUCUUUGCCAGCGCAGCUUCCGAACUUUCCAGGCUCUGAAAAAACACCUCGAGACAAGCCACCUGGAGUUGAGUGAGGCCGACAUCCAGCAGCUUUAUGGUGGCCUUCUGGCCAAUGGGGACCUCCUGGCAAUGGGGGACCCCACCCUGGCUGAGGACCACACCAUAAUCGUGGAGGAAGACAAGGAGGAAGAGAGUGACUUGGAGGAUAAACAGAGCCCGACGGGCAGCGACUCUGGGUCAGUACAAGAGGACUCGGGCUCAGAGCCAAAGAGAGCUCUACCUUUCCGCAAAGGCCCCAACUUCACCAUGGAAAAAUUCCUGGACCCUUCUCGCCCUUACAAGUGUACCGUCUGCAAGGAAUCUUUCACUCAAAAGAACAUCCUGCUCGUGCACUACAAUUCUGUCUCCCACCUACACAAGUUAAAGAGAGCCCUUCAAGAAUCGGCCACCGGUCAGCCAGAACCCACCAGCAGCCCUGACAACAAACCUUUUAAGUGCAACACUUGCAACGUGGCCUACAGCCAGAGUUCCACCCUGGAGAUCCAUAUGCGCUCUGUGCUGCAUCAGACCAAGGCCCGGGCAGCCAAGCUGGAGGCGGCGAGCGGCAGCAGCAACGGCACUGGGGGCAGCAGCACAGCGCCCUUGAGCUCCUCUACCCCGAGUCCCGUGAGCACCAGUGGCAGUAACACCUUUACCACCACCAACCCAAGCAGUGCUGGCAUCGCUGCGAGCUCCAGCUUAUUGAGUCAAGUGCCCGCUGAAAGUGUAGGAAUGCCACCCCUGGGGAACCCCAUCAGUGCCAACAUUGCAUCCCCUGCAGAGCCCAAGGAAGCCAACCGGAAGAAGCUGGCAGACAUGAUUGCAUCCAGGCAGCAGCAGCAACAACAACAACAAGCACAGACACUGGCCCAGGCCCAGGCCCAAGUUCAAGCUCACCUGCAGCAGGAGCUGCAGCAGCAGGCGGCUCUGAUCCAGUCCCAGCUGUUCAACCCCACCCUUCUGCCUCACUUCCCCAUGACCACCGAGACCCUGCUCCAGCUGCAGCAACAGCAGCAUCUCCUCUUCCCCUUCUACAUCCCCAGUGCUGAAUUCCAGCUCAACCCGGAGGUGAGCUUGCCGGUGACCAGUGGGGCUCUAACGCUGACUGGGACGGGCCCAGGCCUGCUGGAAGACCUGAAGGCCCAGGUUCAGAUCCCGCAGCAGGGCCACCAGCAGAUGCUGCAGCAGCAGCAGCAGCAGCAGCAGCAGAGCCAGCUCCCUCUGCCCCAGAGUCACCCUGCCCUCCUACAGCCCGGCCAGCACACUGAAAAGAAAAACAAACUGGUCAUCAAAGAGAAGGAGAAAGAAAGCCAGAGAGAGAGGGAUGGUGCCGAGGGGGGAGAGAUCAACUCGGGACCAAAGGAAUCACUGCCCGAUGCCUUGAAGGCCAAAGAGAAGAAAGAACUGGCCCCGGGGGUUAGUUCUGAGCCGUCCAUGCUCCCUCCACGCAUUGCCUCGGAUGCCAGAGGGAAUGCUACCAAGGCCUUGCUGGAGAACUUUGGCUUUGAGCUGGUCAUCCAGUACAAUGAGAACAAGCAGAAGGUGCAGAAGAAGAAUGGGAAGACGGAGCAGGGCGAGAACCCAGAGAAGCUCGAGUGUGACUCCUGUGGCAAGCUGUUUUCUAACAUCUUGAUUUUAAAGAGUCAUCAAGAGCACGUUCAUCAAAAUUACUUUCCAUUUAAACAGCUAGAGAAAUUUGCCAAACAGUACCGUGAGCACUACGACAAGCUGUACCCCCUGAGGCCUCAGACCCCCGAGCCGCCACCCCCGCCUCCACCCCCGCCUCCACCCCCGCUGCCGGCAGCACCACCCCAGCCAGCAUCCACCCCAGCCAUCCCCACAUCGGCCCCACCCAUCACUUCACCCACAAUUGCCCCGGCCCAGCCGUCCGUGCCACUCACCCAGCUCUCCAUGCCCAUGGAGCUGCCCAUCUUCUCGCCACUCAUGAUGCAGACGAUGCCACUGCAGACACUGCCGGCUCAACUGCCCCCUCAGCUUGGACCCGUGGAGCCUCUGCCCGCGGACCUGGCCCAGCUGUACCAGCAUCAGCUCAAUCCAAGUCUGCUCCAGCAGCAGAAUAAGCGCCCUCGCACCAGGAUCACAGAUGACCAGCUCCGAGUCCUGCGGCAGUAUUUUGACAUUAACAACUCCCCCAGUGAAGAGCAGAUCAAAGAGAUGGCAGACAAGUCCGGGUUGCCCCAGAAAGUGAUCAAGCACUGGUUCAGAAACACGCUCUUCAAAGAGCGGCAGCGGAACAAGGACUCCCCUUACAACUUCAGCAAUCCUCCCAUCACCAGCCUGGAGGAGCUCAAGAUCGACUCGCGGCCCCCUUCACCAGAACCUCAGAAGCAGGAGUACUGGGGGAGCAAGAGGUCUUCGAGAACAAGGUUUACCGACUAUCAGCUGAGGGUCCUGCAGGACUUCUUUGAUGCCAAUGCUUACCCAAAGGACGAUGAAUUUGAGCAACUCUCUAAUUUACUGAACCUUCCAACCCGAGUCAUAGUGGUCUGGUUUCAAAACGCCCGACAGAAGGCCAGGAAAAAUUAUGAGAAUCAGGGAGAGGGCAAAGAUGGAGAGCGGCGUGAGCUUACAAACGAUAGGUAUAUUCGAACGAGCAACUUGAACUACCAGUGCAAGAAGUGCAGCCUGGUGUUCCAGCGCAUCUUCGAUCUCAUCAAGCACCAGAAGAAGCUGUGUUACAAGGAUGAGGAUGAGGAAGGGCAGGAUGACAGCCAGAAUGAGGACUCCAUGGAUGCCAUGGAAAUCCUGACACCCACCAGUUCCUCUUGCAGCACCCCGAUGCCCUCCCAGGCUUACAGCACCCCAGCACCCGCGGCCAAUACAGCAUCCUCUGCUUUCUUGCAGCUUCCAUCAGAGGCUGAUGAGCUGGCCACCUUCAGUGCAAAACCAGAGGUGAGUGAUGAAAAACCAAAGCAGGCUGAACCUCCCAGUGCACAGCCGAACCAAACCCAAGAGAAGCAAGGACAACCAAAGGCAGAGCUGCAGCAGCAAGACCAGCCCGAACAGAAGAUGAGCACUGCCCAGCAGAAGCUCCCACAGCUGACGUCCCCCAUGCCGGUACCUACGCAGCCUCCUCCACAGGCACCCCCCCCUCAGUGCCCCUUGCCCCAGUCGAGCCCCAGCCCCUCCCAGCUCUCCCACCUGCCCCUUAAGCCCCUCCAUACGUCAACUCCUCAGCCGCUGGCCAACCUACCUCCUCAGUUAAUCCCCUACCAGUGUGACCAGUGCAAGCUGGCCUUCCCAUCAUUUGAGCACUGGCAGGAGCAUCAGCAGCUUCAUUUCCUGAGUGCACAGAACCAGUUCAUCCACCCCCAGUUCUUGGACAGGUCACUGGAUAUGCCUUUCAUGCUGUUUGACCCUAGUAACCCACUGCUGGCAAGCCAGCUGCUCUCUGGGGCCAUACCUCAGAUUCCUGCAAGCUCAGCCACUUCCCCUUCAACUCCCACCUCCACGAUGAACACUCUGAAGAGGAAGCUGGAGGAAAAGGCCAGUGCAAGCCCUGGAGAAAAUGACAGUGGGACAGGGGGAGAAGAACCUCAGAGAGACAAGCGUCUGAGGACAACUAUCACGCCAGAACAGCUAGAAAUUCUCUACCAAAAGUAUCUCUUGGACUCCAAUCCAACUCGAAAGAUGUUGGAUCACAUCGCACAUGAGGUGGGCUUGAAGAAGCGUGUAGUCCAAGUCUGGUUUCAGAACACCCGGGCCCGGGAAAGGAAAGGACAGUUCCGGGCGGUGGGCCCAGCGCAGGCCCACAGGAGGUGCCCUUUCUGCAGAGCACUCUUCAAAGCCAAGACGGCCUUGGAGGCUCAUAUCCGGUCCCGUCAUUGGCAUGAAGCCAAGAGAGCUGGCUACAACCUAACUCUGUCUGCAAUGCUCUUAGACUGUGAUGGGGGACUGCAAAUGAAGGGAGAUAUUUUUGAUGGAACUAGCUUUUCCCACCUACCCCCAAGUAGUAGUGAUGGCCAAGGUGUUCCCCUCUCACCUGUGAGCAAAACCAUGGAGUUGUCUCCCAGGACUCUUCUGAGCCCUUCUUCCAUCAAGGUGGAAGGCAUAGAAGAUUUUGAAAGCCCCUCCAUGUCCUCAGUUAAUCUAAACUUUGACCAGACUAAGCUGGACAACGAUGACUGUUCCUCAGUCAAUACAGCGAUCACAGAUACCACUACUGGAGACGAGGGCAAUGCGGAUAACGAUAGUGCGACGGGAAUAGCAACUGAAACCAAAUCCUCUUCUGCGCCCAGUGAAGGGCUGACCAAAGCGGCCAUGAUGGCAAUGUCUGAGUAUGAAGAUCGGUUGUCAUCUGGCCUGGUCAGCCCAGCUCCCAGCUUUUACAGCAAGGAAUAUGACAAUGAAGGUACCGUGGACUACAGUGAAACCUCAAGCCUUGCAGACCCCUGCUCUCCAAGCCCUGGUGUGAGUGGGUCUGCAGGCAAAUCUGGAGACAGUGGGGAUCGGCCCGGGCAGAAACGUUUUCGCACUCAAAUGACCAAUCUGCAGCUGAAGGUCCUCAAGUCAUGCUUCAAUGACUACCGGACACCCACCAUGCUGGAGUGUGAAGUCCUGGGCAAUGACAUUGGACUGCCAAAGAGAGUUGUUCAGGUCUGGUUCCAGAAUGCCCGGGCAAAAGAAAAGAAGUCCAAGUUAAGCAUGGCCAAGCAUUUUGGUAUAAACCAAACGAGUUACGAGGGACCCAAAACAGAGUGCACUUUGUGUGGCAUCAAGUACAGCGCUCGGCUGUCUGUACGUGACCAUAUCUUUUCCCAACAGCAUAUCUCCAAAGUUAAAGACACCAUUGGAAGCCAGCUGGACAAGGAGAAAGAGUACUUUGACCCAGCCACUGUACGUCAGCUGAUGGCUCAACAAGAGCUGGACCGGAUUAAAAAGGCCAAUGAGGUCCUUGGACUGGCAGCUCAGCAGCAAGGGAUGUUCGACAACGCCCCUCUGCAGGCUCUCAACCUUCCUACGGCAUACCCGGCGCUCCAGGGCAUUCCGCCUGUGUUGCUCCCCGGCCUCAACAGCCCUUCCCUGCCAGGCUUCACUCCAUCCAACACAGCUUUAACGUCUCCUAAACCGAACUUGAUGGGUCUGCCCAGCACAACAGUUCCUUCCCCUGGCCUCCCCACAUCUGGAUUACCAAAUAAACCGUCCUCAGCAUCGCUGAGCUCCCCGACCCCAGCACAAGCCACCAUGGCAAUGGCCCCUCAGCCAGCCCCUCAACCCCAGCAGCCACAGGUGCAGCCGCCACCGCCAGCAGCCCAGCCACCACCUGCACCACAGCUCCCGCCACAGCAGCAGCCGCAACGCAAGGACAAAGAUGGUGAGAAGGUCAAGGAGAAGGAGAAGGCACACAAAGGGAAAGGGGAACCCCUGCCUGUCCCCAAGAAGGAGAAAGGAGAGGCCCCCACGGCGGCCGCAGCCACGCUCUCAGCGCCACUACCCGCCAUGGAGUAUGCGGUGGACCCGGCGCAGCUGCAGGCCCUGCAGGCGGCCUUGACUUCAGACCCCACAGCAUUGCUCACGAGCCAGUUCCUCCCUUACUUUGUACCAGGCUUCUCUCCUUACUACGCCCCCCAGAUCCCUGGCGCCCUGCAGAGCGGGUACCUGCAGCCGAUGUAUGGCAUGGAAGGCCUGUUCCCCUACAGCCCUGCGCUGUCGCAGGCCCUGAUGGGGCUGUCCCCGGGCUCCCUGCUGCAGCAGUACCAGCAAUACCAGCAGAGUCUGCAGGAGGCCCUCCAGCAGCAGCAGCAACGGCAACUACAGCAGCAGCAGCAAAAAGUGCAGCAGCAGCAGCCCAAAGCAAGCCAAACCCCAGUCCCCCCGGGGGCUGCUUCCCCAGACAAAGACCCUGCCAAAGAAUCCCCCAAACCAGAAGAGCAGAAAAACGCACCCCGUGAGGUGUCCCCCCUCCUGCCGAAACCCCCCGAAGAGCCAGAAGCAGAAAGCAAAAGUGCGGACUCCCUCUACGACCCCUUCAUUGUUCCAAAGGUGCAGUACAAGUUGGUCUGCCGCAAGUGCCAGGCGGGCUUCGGUGACGAGGAGGCGGCGAGGAGCCACCUGAAGUCCCUCUGCUUCUUCGGCCAGUCUGUGGUGAACCUGCAAGAGAUGGUGCUUCACGUCCCCACGGGCGGCGGCGGCGGUGGCGGCGGCGGCGGCGGCGGUGGCGGCUCGUACCACUGCCUGGCGUGCGAGAGCGCGCUGUGUGGGGAGGAAGCUCUGAGUCAGCAUCUCGAGUCGGCCUUGCACAAACACAGAACAAUCACGAGAGCAGCAAGAAACGCCAAAGAGCACCCUAGUUUAUUACCUCACUCUGCCUGCUUCCCCGAUCCUAGCACCGCAUCUACCUCGCAGUCUGCCGCUCACUCAAACGACAGCCCCCCUCCCCCGUCGGCCGCCGCCCCCUCCUCGUCCUCGUCCUCGUCCUCCGCUUCCCCCCACGCCUCCAGGAAGUCUUGGCCGCAAGUGGUCUCCCGGGCUUCGGCUGCGAAGCCCCCUUCUUUUCCUCCUCUCUCCUCAUCUUCAACGGUUACCUCAAGUUCAUGCAGCACCUCAGGGGUUCAGCCCUCGAUGCCAACAGACGACUAUUCGGAGGAGUCUGACACGGAUCUCAGCCAAAAGUCCGACGGACCGGCGAGCCCGGUGGAGGGUCCCAAAGACCCCAGCUGCCCCAAGGACAGUGGUCUGACCAGUGUAGGAACGGACACCUUCAGAUUGUAAGCUUUGAAG